AUGAUGCAUCCGCUCCGCCGAUUCCUCCUCCUCCUCGUCGGCCUCCUCCCCGCGGCCGCGUGGUCCCUGGCACUGCCCCGCUUCCCGGGGCCCCAACCCCGCUCGCGGCCGGGAGUUAAUGGGGUGGCGGACUACGAGUACGAGACGCGAUACUUCCGGCAGCGGCUGGACCACUUCAGCUUUCCCGGGGUCGGGGACGAGGACGAGGCGGCGGCGUUCUUCCAGCAGCGGUACCUGCAUCGCUACUACGGAGAGUCCAUGCCGUUCGGUAGCAAAGCCGAGGCGUACAACGACUCCAAGUCCCUGGCGUAUCUCACGGCCGAGCAGGCGCUUGCUGACUUCGCUGUGCUGCUCACUGACCUCAAGAGGAACCUAUCUGCAGAGGGCAGCCCCGUUGUGCUCUUUGGGGGCUCUUACGGUGGAAUGCUAGCUGCUUGGAUGAGACUCAAAUAUCCCCAUAUCGCUAUUGGGGCUCUCGCAUCAUCAGCUCCAAUCCUGCAGUUUGAGGACAUUGUUCCUUCUACUAUUUUCUAUGAUCUCGACCUGAAAACAAGUGGAGACCUUUCAGAUUGGUUGAGCUCAGCCUACAGUUAUCUGGCCAUGGUGGAUUACCCAAUUCCAUCAGAAUUUCUCAUGCCUCUGCCAGCCAAUCCUAUUAAAGAAGUAUGCAGAAAUAUCGACAGUCAACCUGAGGGUACUAGUACUCUGGAACGCAUAUAUGCAGGAGUAAAUGUAUACUACAAUUAUACUGGCACUGUUGGCUGCUUUGAUCUAAAUGAUGAUCCCCAUGGAAUGGGUGGAUGGGAUUGGCAGGCUUGUACCGAGAUGGUAAUGCCAAUGUCUUACAGUGAAGGCAGAAGCAUGUAUCCACCAUAUAAAUUUGACUAUGCUUCCUAUGCUGAGGAUUGCAUCAAAAGCUAUGGUGUCAGGCCAAGGCCUCGGUGGAUUACAACAGAAUUUGGUGGGCAUAAUAUCACUAAGGUCCUGGAAAGGUUUGGUAGUAACAUCAUAUUCUUCAAUGGACUUCUCGACCCAUGGAGUGGCGGAGGUGUCCUGAAGAAUAUAUCUGAGAGUGUCAUUGCUAUUGUGGCUCCAUUAGGAGCACAUCACAUCGAUCUGCGCCCCGCAACUCCAGACGACCCAGAUUGGCUGGUGGCCCUAAGAGAAUCAGAACUGAAGAUCAUAUCUGGCUGGUUAUCGGAUUACUACGGGGCGGGAGGGGCGCUCUUCCAGCCUGUAGCUGCCAAGGGCUCCUCUUCAUCCUGA